GAAAUGCAUUGAGGUGGGAGGGGGGAACAAAUCCGCUUUCCCUCUUCUAGCCCUUUCCUCAAGUUGUUCAGAAAAGAUAGAAGUAGGGAAGAAGAAAAAAGCCUUAGCGGCCACUGCUUGUGAGAAGUGGUGCCUCUGGAAUCAGAGAGAGCGCGCCCCAGCCAGGCGGCUCUCUCCUGCGGGAGGCGCUUGGUUUGCAAGGGGUUAACAGCGUUGCUCGUGAACUUGGCCUGUCUGUCUGGCUCGUGAUGGAUGGUGAGACCCGCUGACAAGUUCAGCCGGAGGGACCUCCCCUGCUGUGGCGGCGGGAGAAACACGCAGGCGGAAGGGACCCGGGGCGAGCGGUCGGGACGAGCGGGGAAGACUGUAGUUUGGCGUGGCAGGGCGACCGAAAAGGCGAGCUGCUCUGCCUGCCCUCUCGGCUCCCGCCUCCCCUUGACCGCUCGCCUCCUCCGCUGGAGCUUUCCUAUACCGUCCUGGAACACCAAAGUUUCCCGGAGCUUCGCGCGCUACUCCCCUGCAGGCGCCUCCCUCCUCUUCUCGGGCACGAACUUGCCGUCAGCAACCGUUCGUAGGAGGGCGUGCGGGUGGAAAGGACACAUUCCGGAAUCAGAAGACAGGGAACAAAGAAGCGGGAGCCCUGGUGGAAGAUUCCGAAGAUUGUCCUGUGAAGUGUGAUGGGACAGCCUCUUUUCAGCUUCUCCGAAAAUGGAGACAGAGAGGAAAACUGCGGGUCUUGCCAAGGGCACGGGAUCCGAAUCCAGAGCCACGCCACUCCAGGACACUGGAGAUCGUCACAUCAAGCAGAAGUCGAAGCUGCAGGAGCCGCUGUCCUGAGGCUGCAGCGGGCAGGGGCCAGGAUGGAGGAGGCGGCCCUGGGCAAAGGGGCAAGCUCCACCCCUACCCAUGCCCACCUAGGACUUGGCAAAGGACCGUCCAUCCUGCAGGGAGGGGCCUCUGCCUUUGGCCAGUGGGCCCCUGUUUCUGCCCUUGUCACACCACGUGCCUGUUUCAGGCCUGCGGUGCUCUGACCAGGCCUCCAGCAGACAGAAGCUCUUUGCUCUCCGUACGUCCGCCCCAGAGGACCGAGGGCAGCAGUCUGCGAGGUGGCCAAAGCAAGGGGCUCCAGCCUUCUAGGAGUUAACGACUCCCUCUCCCCAGCUGUCCUCCCCUUGGUGCUCCUCUUCCUCCCUCCUCCCGCUCACAGCAGGCAGGGCCUGGACCUGGGAGCCAGUGCCGCUGUGCUGUUGCCAAGGGAGCUGGGAGGCGGACCUGAGCUAUGCAGGGAAAAGGCCCGGCCUGUCAAAGUGUCUGAGAUGAACCGCCGCCGUCCCCGUGCAGCUGGGCUCAGACGUGUCUCAGCUCUUGUUCUGUGCCUGAGAAUGGCGAAGCCCAGUGAGGUUCAAGGGCACACUCACUAUUCAUUAGUCAGGGGUUCUUGACGUCCCGUCUCUCCCAGGGAUGAGAUUCCCCCCCCCCUUCCUCUUUCUCUCCCUCUUGCGACACAUUCCUGGGUGCCUUUGGCAAGGACUGCACCCUCCUCUUCCUCCUGCCCAGCCCCCUCUCCGCAGGCCUCUAAACAGACUCCCCCCAAGGAGACCUGGCAGGGCAGAGACAAUGGCCACAGGAAACCAUUCAGGCGGGACUCUAGCCAUGCUGGUCCGCCCUCUGCUCCCAGCACCCUUGUGGCCCCCACCCCCCUCUGACUCAGGGUCCCCCUGGGCCACCGGCAUGCACAAGCCCAGACAGGAGGAAGCCGCUGGGCACUGCCCUUGGGACAACAGGCCUGUUCUCAGCGGGCCCCCGGAUCUCACACAGCUGGCUAUUUUGGGGCCUUUCUCUAUCAUCAUGUGUCUAUUUGAAGACACUGUCAAACACUGUUGGCUGGAAAAUGUAAAUUGUACGGUAUUUUCUGAAAUGUGGCAUUAUCACAAUGUAAAAGACAUACAUAUACUCAGCCACAAGCAAAUUGCACUGCUAGGAAUUCACUCUACGGUUAUAUAUGCAAAAAUUUCCCAAGAAGUCUGUACAAGGAUGUUCGUCAGAGCGUUUCUCUUUGAGAGUAUAAGACAAUGGAAAUGAACCUGUGGGCCAUUCAUACUGUGGAAUAUUAGACAGUCGAAAAAAAUCACUGUGGCAGAGCUCUCUGUAUAAACUGAUCCAGGAGGUUGGCCAGCGUGUUUGUUGCCUGAGGAGAAUAAACUGCAGAACAGGCAAUAGAGCUCGAUCUUACCUGUGUGUAUUGAAGUCAGUCCUAAGCAUAUGCUUCUAUAUGAAGAGUUUCUGGAACUCUGUGUUGGAAGCCUGUCUCUGGGGAUGGACGGAUGUUCUUUUCUCUACUGUUCUAUAUCCUUUCCAUGCACCUGGAAUACUUGUAUUGAAAAUUUUAAAGAGGCCGUUGAAUAUAAUAGGCUUAACUUCUGUUAACCCACAUUAGGGUAAGAGCUCUAAGCGGAUGCUGGUGAUGUUGCAGCAAAAAACAUCCCGGAGACUCUGCCAUUGGCCAUUUGCAGGCCUAAUAAUCCCCCAUCAUCAUCAUCAUGGCUGCUGUUGUUAAUUAAAGGCCUACUAAGUGCCGGG